AGCUUUCUUCAUUCUGAUUAGUCAUCUUAUGAUGUAACCGAUCUUUUGAUUGGACCAUGGAGCAUGUACUCGUGGCCUCUCAGUUGGAUAAAGAUUACCUUGUUUCUUUGAGUCGUCCACUUGGUUUCAACUUGCUAGCAGGAAAACAACACGAAAGGUCCAACAAGAUGGCAGCUUUGUUAUAUGUAAGUUUAUUCGCCGUAUUUAGUCUUGGUUACUGUGGUAACUACACCGUCUCAGAGGAGGUGUGGUUUGAUGUGGAAGUUAGGGAUCUUGAUGGACCAGGAGAGGACUACAGGGGACGGUUUGUCAUUGCUCUGUUUGGAGACACGUGUCCAAUGACCGCCAUGAACUUUGCCGCCAUUGCUAAAGGAUUCAAGCGCGGAAGGGAAACCCUCACAUUUAAGGAUACGAACGUCCACCGUGUCGUUCCUGAUUUCAUUAUCCAGAUGGGAGAUGUUACUGUAGGGGAUGGCACAGGCGGAAGAAGCAUUUAUGGGGAUAAAUUUGUUGAUGAGAAUUUCAUACUGAGUCACCGUGCAACUGGAAUGGUUUCCAUGGCAAACCACGGAAAAGACACAAAUGGUUCCCAGUUCUUUAUUUUGCUCAACAAAGCAAGAUGGCUUGACGGCAAGCAUGUGGUUUUUGGAAAGGUUAUCAAGGGAAUGGAUGUGGUGAAGACCCUAGGAGAGGUACCUGCCGACCCUAACACCGCCGUACCUAAGAAAACUAUCAGAAUCAUUGACUGUGGCGUGAAUGGUUUGGAGAAGAAGUAUGACCUAACACCAGAACAAGUAGACAGUGAAGGAGAUAUCAACGAAGAAUAAACAAAAUCCUCCAUAUAGACAAUUGUUUUAAUACUUUUGUUACCGUAGAAUGCGUCUUACAAACUCAAUUUUAAUCAAUUUUAUGUCAUUUGUCAUUGUUUAAAAAUAUGCGAAAUGUUCAUGUUUCGAUAAUAAACACUUGAAGAAUUUCUUCAGCAACAUUUACCGCAACAGCUAUUGUAGAGUUUAGGUUUAUAAAUGAGCCGUGCCAUGGGAAAACCAACAUAGUGGGUGUGCGACCAGCAUGGAUCCAGACCAGCCUGCGCAUCCGCGCAGUCUGGUCAGGCUCUAUGCUGUUCGCUUUUAAAGCCUAUUGGAAUUGGAGAAACUGUUAGCGAACAGCAUGGAUCCUGACCAGACUGCGCGGACGCGCAGGCUGGUCUGGAUCCAUGCUGGUCGCAAACCCACUAUGUUGGUUUUCUCAUGGCACGGCUCAAAUUGUUUCUAUAUACAUUGUGUUGUAUAUUUAUACUAUUUGUCGAUGUACCCACCCGUAGUUUUAGCUGUGCCGUAUGUAUUAUAUUGUCUUUACGCAUUCAUUAUAGUGUAAACAACUCCCGCGCAAAAAUGCUACUUAAAGUCCAAAAUAAGAAGUACUUUCAUUUUGAAAGCGUGAGAAUUGCACAUUAGACAAUCAUGCAUUUCUGUAAAAUUGAGAAUAUAUAGCACGGACACAUUGAACUGUCGUAUAAAGUCAUUUUUAUAUCAAAUGAACGUGAAAAUAUUUUCAUUUUUUACUUCCCAAUGAUUUGAAAAUUCCUGUACUUUGAUACAAGGACAGUUCAACCUGGAUGGUAGGGAUGUGAAUGUGUGCGUGUACGUGAUAGUUUGUUCUAUGCAUAUUGUGUAUUAUCUGAUCUUAAAUAAAUAUUUUACAAAUAGUAAUGUUCUCGAUGUAAAUAAAAGAUUGCAAUGUUAA